AUGGCUCGGGAUAUGUCAGAUAAGGAAAUCUUAAAAAUGGAGCUGGAGCAGUUGAAGAAGGAAGUUAGCACAACUAGGACACCACUGCUUGCAAACUGUGCGGAGACUGUUACAUUCGUUGAGGAACUCCUUCCUAAUGAUCCGCUGAUAAAGGGCGUUCCAGAUGACAAGAACCCCUACAAGGGAGACAAGGGAGGCUGUAUAGUAACAUAGCACAUGGACAUGCAAGGAAACAUC